CGAUAUUUGAAACUCUACAUACAACCCAGUAACAGCUGAGACAUUAAUCUAUAAUUUCCUUUAUCUUGAAACUGUUAACUGAUUUUGUAGAGUUUAAGUCCUAGUAGGCUACAGGUAAAACCCUCGAGAGCUGACCAACUAGUUACCAUAGAAAUAAAAAUCGCUGGGAGUUGGAGUUUCGGUAACGUAAAAAUAAUCCUUGGACGUUUUUUGAAGUUUUUGUAUAUUUAAGCCUUGCCCAUGUCUCUCUGCGACGACACCCUCUUGUGUAACUUCCCAAAAUGUCGGGCCAAGUUGAGCGGCUUUGCCUGGGUCACAGCCUGCUCACACGUUUUCUGUGACCAGCACGGGUCCGGCGAGUUCAGCCGCUCCCCCGCCAUCUGCCCAGCCUGCUCCUCAGCGCUGUCUGGGAAGCUGGACAUUGUGAGGACGGAGCUGUCUCCGUCUGAAGAGUACAAAGCCAUGGUGCUGGCAGGUCUGCGGCCAGACAUAGUCCUGGACAUCAGCGCCCGUGCGCUGGCCUUCUGGAGCUAUCAGGUCCAUCAGGAGCGCAUGUAUCAAGAGUACAGUCUGUCACGGGCCGACACGCAGCUGAAGCAGAUGGAGAAGGUGUUGACCCAGCAGAACCAGAGCAGAGAAUUGGAGCUCUCCGCCAUGAAGGGGGAAAUCGCUUCCCUCAAAAAGAUGAUGGAGGAGUAUAAGAGGAAGUACAGUGAGUUAUCUGAGAGGCUGAUGGAGAGGAACAGACAGUACCAGAAGCUGCAGGGGCUGUACGAUUCUCUUAGGCUGCGUAACAUGGUGGUGGGUGUGGGGGACAGAGCCAUGCUGCCACAACCUGCACAUCAUCAAGACUUCAACCCUGGGGUGGCUCAGCAGGCGACUCCUCAGAGGAGCCCUCAGUUCCCCUCCCUCUGCCCUGAUGGGGACAGACGAUUCUUUUCCUGCUCGGAGAGUGACGGAGCCAGAAGCUUCUUCCAUUUCAGCUCCCCUGCCGGGGACAGGGGUCGGCCCUUUGUCAGCAAGCACUGAGAUGAACAGAUCUUAUGGACUGCUCUUCGUCAGGUUACUGUUGCAAUGUUUUCUCUUGUUUUCACGUUAAUUUAUUUGGAAAGUGCUUUUUCGUGGUAUUUCUGGUUGCGAAUCUGAGCCAUAAAUUUCUUUGAGCAGUAACAUGAAACAAAUAGCUAAACUAUUAACUUGUAUUCCUGUCAUUAUAUGUUUUCAGUGCAAGUAAAAUACAGUGUCUCAGACGUCU